AUGAUUACAACUUCUGAAGAAGAUCCAGACGUUGCAAGCAACCAAAGCCCACACAAACUCUUUCUUCUGGGUUACAUCCCACAUGCAAGGCAUAAUCCAAUCUUGAAAACGAUAACGAAUGAUUUGUUGUCUCAUUAUUACAUCUCAUGGAAUUCGUCGAAGUGGCAGCAUUCAGACGGUGAACCCUCGCGUUCAAGAAGUCUAAUGGCUAAUGCAGAUGCUCUCGUUUUUUUCAUAAAUGAGCAGACUUUACGUGAUGAGAACUGUCUCUUGACAUUACAAUAUGCCUGGAACUUGACUCUACCAAUUUUGAUGUUACGGCCACCUAUGACAAAACUCGUUAUUUCUAAUCGUGAAGCUCACCGUGAAAGAGAAAAAAUAAUGCACAUAGGAGAAUGCGCAAUUGUUAGAAGUACAAGUGGUGAGCCUUGGCAACUUUUGAACGAUGGAAACUCAGAGUCUGUUGACUACGCUUUACUGCAGGACGUUCUUCAUGAAGGCUACCGUCUUUCCACUCUUUAUGAUGUGCAGUCUCAUGCCAAAUCACUGGCUCGAGUUCGACGGAAACUAUCCACGAUUUUUUCAACAACAAAUUUUCUGCUACCGCUGUCUAAAGGUGGUUCAUCGUCAUCAUCUCAACCGCAUUUCUACUUAUCCCCGUCCAACAGUUCUUUAUGCGAUGCACACAAAUUGUCCAAAUCUCGUAGUGCCGUCAUCAAGCCUCCAGUGGCAACGAAGAUAGCAACACGCCGUCAGAGUGGAUCGUCUGGAGAUAAUAACAAAACGCGUCUCAAUUUAUCGAUGAGCACUGGGAAUUUAUGCCGGACGGGAGUCGUGCGCACACCAUAUCCGAAGGCAAAGCAAUUUCAGUUUGAGGAGGACGGAGGCGAUGAGGAAGAUGAGACGGACGAAGAGGAUACAGAUUUAGUUAGUAUCAAAACGCAUUCGGGAAGACGACGUAAUGUUUUGAAGAGUCCUCCGCCCCCUGAUAGAAUUCCUAGUUCAGUGGGAGCAAGCGAAGUUGAUGAGAAGGAUGAUACUUUUUUAAAGCUAAUGCCGGACAAUAUUCAACACACCAUUUUUAAGACACCAACGUUGGAUUUGCCAAUUGGGGAUGAUUCAGAAAUCGAUGCUGAUUCAUUUCCUCUUCCUCCACCAACUCCCAAAACACCAGGCAGUGGAUUAUUCUCCAUACCUUCAGGGAGAAACACUGAGAACACAUCUCGUUCUCGUUUUACUAAAAGAAGUCGUUUUGGUUCAAUAACCAGUCGUACUUCUUCUUUAGAUCGUCGAAUGAGUUUAAGCUGUUUAGAAGAUAUUUCUAAUUAUCAGAAAACUCAAUAUUUGGUGUUCCCGCUCCGAGACUCUACUAAGAAACCUUAUUUGCUCAAAUUUCCUGAAGACAUGCACGAAGAAGAAGAGAAACACGGAGGCAGUGUGUGGGGCAGCGAUACGAGUUUGGAAGAGGAAAUUAAGCUGGCCGAAAAAAUCAACGCAGGAAUUAUUGUGGACUACAUGGAUGAUUCUCCAAUCGUUUCUCCCGCUCCAUAUUUGGGAGACUUGGCCUAA